AUGGCAGAGCCCGAGGAACAGGUGGAGCCGCUACACCUCGAGCUGGAGGACCGCGAGGUGUACCUUGCCAAGAUCCCGACUGCUCUCGGCGCGUCGUGGAAGAAUGUACAAGGCUCUAUCAAGCUGGAGAAGAAGAGCGUCUUGGGUCGUCGCAAGGGCAUGCUGACGGUGAACCCCAGCACCCUAGAAGACGACAUUCCGACAGAGUACCGCGUGGAGAUCAGUGAGACACCUCUGAAGCUGAAAGUGUUCUCGCUGGAUGGCUCUGGUCGUAUGGCCAUUGAAGGCACAGUGAAGAACAGCUGCACAAUUAUGGCUCAGCGCAAUGACCAGUACAGUAAGAUGUGCAAACAACGUCUGAUCAAGUCGAUGGUCAAGACAAGAAUUGUGCAGCCCUUGGAAGACCUGCCACGUGUGAAGAAGGCUAGAAUCCAGUUCACUAUCGAGAAGCCUGACCCGGAGGCCGAAGAAGAUGAUGCUGACGCGAAGCUUCUGGACAAGUCGGACAAGAAGAUUAAGAUGAGCAAGGAUGAGCUGAAGAACCUCGUGUUCCACCACUUCGAGGAGCGCGAGUACUGGCCGCUCAAGGAACUCAAUUACCAUUGCCGUCAGCCCGAGUCAUUGUUGAAGGAGGUGCUAAAGGAGAUUUGCGUGUACCACCGUAAGGGCCCAAACAAGAGCUGUUACGAGCUGAAGCCUCAGUACAAGGACGGUGUCUCGUCGAACGCGUAAAUUACUCGCAAAUAUGGCGCCGAGGCAAUAAAGAGAUUUGACUGUGCUCUAAA